AUGGCAGGUCAUCUGAUUUCAGCACUGCUCAUUGACAAUGGGUCUGGGAUGUGCAAAGCUGCUUUUGCUGGAGACAAUGCUCCCCGCAUUGUGUUCCCCACCAUCUUGGGAUGUCACAGGAACCAGGGCAUGACAUUUGGUAUGGCACAAAGAGGCAGGUACAUUGGUAAUGAAGCUCAGAGCAAGAGAGCUAUGUUGACCGUAACUCAUCCCAUUGAGUGGGGCGUUGUGGCAAACUGGGGCAACAUGGAGAGGAUCUGGAACCACACCUUCUACAACAACCUCUGCGAGCACCCUGUGCUGCUUAAUGAGACCCCCAAAACCAAGAGGGAGAAGAGGACAGAGAUCAUGUUUGAGACCUUCUACACCCCAGCAGUGUAUGUUGCUCUCCAAAUAAUGCUAACAGUAUAUAUAUCUAGACAUACCACUGCAUUGGUAAAGGAUUCCGGGGAUGAUGUAAGCAGCACAGUGCCUGUCUACGACUAUCAAGCAAUCUUCAGAGACAUCGACUGGAAGGGCGGCGUAAACAUCAACGGCGAGCUACUGACCCACCUCCGUUUCGCUGAAGAUAUCGUCCUCGUCGCCAAAACCACAGAUCUACUUCAGACCAUGCUAACCGAGCUAGACAUCAGAAGCUUGAGAGUAGGCCUCAAAAUGAACCGCAUGAAGACCAAGUUCAUGCGAGGGGCAUUGGAACAAAACUGGGGCGACAUGGAGAGGGUCUGGCACCACACCUUCUACAAUAACCUGCGUGUUGCCCCCGAGGAUCACACUGUCCUGGUUACUGAGAUCCCCCUGAACAUCAAAGCCAACAGGGAUAAGAUGACACAAGUAACGAAGCUCCACCAGGCUGCCUGA